AUGAAAGACCGGCUCCCAGAGUUGCUGGAAUUAUCCAGGCAGUAUGACCAACAGUUUCGUGAUGGAGAAGAUGAAAAGGACUCGGCCCAAGAAAACAUUGUAUUCGAGACAGACCAUAUCCUGGAAUCUUUGUACAAAGACAUCCGAGACAUCCAGACAGAGAAUCACCUGCUGACGGUGGACGUCAAGCGUCUGCGCAAACAGAACGCCCGCUUCCUCACCUCCAUGCGCCGGCUCAGCAGCAUUAAGCGGGACACCAACUCCAUCGCCAAGGACAUCAAAACCCGGGGAGAAGCCAUCCAUAAGAAGCUCCAGAGCAUGAAAGCUUUCAGCGAGGCAGCGGAGGAGAAGCACGGAGCCAAUUCCGCCAUGGCCCGAAUCUCCAAGGCCCAGUACAACGCUCUCACGCGGGCUUUCCAGGAGGCCAUGCAGGACUACAACCGAGCCGAGAUGAACCAGAGAGAGAACUGCAAGAUCCGCAUUCAGCGGCAGCUAGAGAUCAUGGGCAAAGAGGUCUCCGGGGCUCAGAUAGAAGAGAUGUGCGAGCAAGGCAAGUGGGAUGUUUUCUCCGAGAACCUCCUGGCUGACGUUAAAGGGGCCCGGUCGGCCCUGAACGAGAUUGAGAGCCGGCACAAGGAGCUCGUGAAAUUGGAGAGCCGGAUCCGGGAGGUGCAUGACCUUUUCCUCCAGAUGGCUUUGCUCGUGGAAGAGCAGGGGGACACGCUGAAUGUCAUCGAGCUUAACGUGGAAAAGACCCAGAGCUACACAGGAGAAGCAAAAGCUCACGUGAAGAAAGCGGUAGAGUACAAGAAGAGGAACCCUUGCCGGACACUUUGCUGCUGCUGCUGUCCGUGCCUCAACUGAGACGAACGGGACUGGAACCCCUGGGCCCCCAUCGCCACCAAGCGACUGUGACUAGAACGUGCUCAGUGAACACAUUCUGAGCAAGACUUUCACAGGCCUCGGACAAAAGUGAGUUGGACCUUCCUCGCUGGGACCUCAGGGAUGGUUCUUAGUCAUCUUUGUAUCUCUCGAAGGGAAGAAACAGCAGCAGCAGAAGAGGAGAGUUGUACUAAAACGUUCAGUUCCACUUCCUCCCCAAAAGAUAAUCGAUGCUGCCAAAGUUUUCAUCAGUAAAAAAAAAAAAAAACCCACCAAGAUUUGCUAUCAUACUAACUCUCCGUGUA